AUGGAAGGAAUAUCAGCGGGCUUGUACAAGGGGCUGAGAGAUAGCUGGAGGAGAAGAGACUACCAGCGUCUGGAUGGGUCGACCAGGUUUCGCCGUCGGAAAAACAGAGUUGAGCUGUCUUCUUCUUCGGAAGACGCCACUGGACCGGACAACCAACGGCGUCGGAGGCGGUUCUGGCGAAUCAAGGUGACACCCAAACUCCGAUUCUUCACGGGUAUGUCCUCACCAAAGAAAUUCUUCAGGCGACUCAGGGAUGCCUAUGUGAAGAUGAUGCUCGGAUUUGCUAAUUCCAGGAUCUUCAUCUCCGGCUACGGUGGUGGCGGAGGCGGAGGAUCGUUUGGAAUGGGAAAACCCACACUGAAAGAGUACGAUCAGAAGGUAAUCAUUGAGAUCUAUAAAUCGUUGAUGGCUCAGGGUCAAUUACUUCCCCGUGAUGCUGCCAGACUUGCAGCUGCUACAGCAAGAUCUUAG